UUAAACAGUUGUACAUGUUCACAUGUCUGUUGCUGGCUGUGCAGUGGUGUAUUCUGUGACACUUGAAAAAUAUUUUUUUUUUUUCUUUAGGAAAAUUCUACAAAAAUGUCUCUCUAUCCGUCUCUUGAAGAUUUGAAGGUGGACAAAGUAAUUCAGGCUCAAACUGCCUUUUCUGCAAACCCUGCCAACCCAGCAAUUUUGUCAGAAGCUUCUGCUCCCAUCUGUCAAGAUGGAAAUCUCUAUCCUAAACUGUAUCCGGAGCUCUCCCAAUACAUGGGCCUGAGUUUAAAUGAUGAAGAAAUAUGUGCAAAUAUGGCCAUGGUCCCUGGAGCAUCAUUUCAGGGGCAGUUGGUAGCAAGACCUUCCAGUAUGAAUUAUAUGGUGGCUCCUGUAACGGGUAAUGAUGUUGGAAUUCGUAGAGCAGAGAUUAAGCAAGGGAUUCGUGAAGUCAUUUUGUGUAAGAAUCAAGAUGGAAAAAUUGGGCUUAGGCUUAAAUCAAUAGAUAAUGGUAUAUUUGUUCAGCUAGUCCAGGCUAAUUCUCCAGCCUCAUUAGUUGGUCUGAGAUUUGGGGACCAGGUGCUGCAGAUCAAUGGUGAAAACUGUGCAGGCUGGAGCUCUGAUAAAGCACACAAGGUGCUCAAACAGGCUUUUGGAGAGAAGAUUACUAUGACCAUUCGUGAUAGGCCCUUUGAACGCACAAUUACUAUGCACAAGGAUAGUACUGGACAUGUUGGUUUUAUUUUUAAAAAUGGAAAAAUAACAUCCAUAGUGAAAGAUAGUUCUGCAGCCAGAAAUGGUCUUCUCACUGAACAUAACAUCUGUGAAAUCAAUGGGCAGAAUGUCAUUGGCUUGAAGGACUCUCAAAUUGCAGACAUACUGUCAACAUCAGGAACUGUGGUUACCAUCACAAUCAUGCCUGCUUUUAUCUUUGAGCACAUUAUUAAACGGAUGGCGCCAAGCAUCGUGAAAAGCCUGAUGGAUCACACCAUUCCUGAGGUUUAAGUCACAGCACAGUGUAAACACAGCUGAACUUCUCCAGUUUCCUUCUUCGGCAACUUCUGCAUUAUGCACAUGAAGCUUUCCCGGAGCCAGGGAGCAUAUGCUGCAUGAGGACCUUUCUAUACAUCAUGGCUGGGAACCUUACUGUUGCAUCUGAUACUUUCUUCAGAUUUCAAGAUAGUUGUAGCCUUAUCCUGGUUUUACAGAUGUGAAACUUUCAAAAGAUUUAUUGACUUUCCUAGAAUAGUUUCUCUACUGGAAACCUGAUGCUUUUAUAAGCCAUUGUGAUUAGGAUGACUGAUACAAGUUUAGUGUUGUGUGAGAAGCAGUCACUUUUCUUCUAGAUAAUGCAUAGUGCUGUUCAUGUUUCUUUAGUUGUAUGGUGUAUUUACAUUAACAUGUUACCAUAGUAUAUUUAGGAUGAUUGCCUUUGAUUGUGUGUGUGUGUGUGUGUGACCAAUUAAGUAACACUGAUUUCAUUCCAUGUAAGCAUUACAGUGUAUGUAGGUUGCAAGAGAUUAUAAUGAUUGUUAUUAAAUUUUAACUACCUUCACUUAAUAAUGCUUGAACUGUCGCCUUAACUGUGUUAAGCAUCUAGAAUAAAAGCCAAAAUAUAAUUAUUGCUGCCUUUCUAAAACCCCAAAUGUAGUUGUAUAUUAAACUGAAAUGUACGCUAGCCCAUAACAGUUUAAUGGUACUUACUGAGCUAUGGCAUAACUGCUUAGCUGUAUUUGAGAUUUUCUAGUCAUUGCAUAAUAGAAAUUUCUUUCUUCUAAAAUUUGCCAGUAUCACUUUCUGAAAAACAAAUCGCUAUAUAUUUAAUGUAAAAAAUUCUUAACGCUAAACAGGAUAAACUUUGGACUCCUUUUUUUCAUUUGUGGAUUAAGUAAGAUAAUACUUAAUUUUGGCAUUUGAAUCUUAAUUUUAUGUAACCUAGCUACUUCAGAAUGCUCUUAGAAUGUUUUCCUAAUAAUUUGUUGUCCCCUGACUCCUUCCUGAAAACAAAAUGGCAGUGACACUUAUCCUUUUUUUCUUUAUAUCUAUCCUGUUUUAAAUAAAUAUGUAUAAAGUUAAA